AUUAUAAUUAAUUUAUAAUUAAUUUGUGUACAUUUAAUUUAUUUUAGUUUUCUGAUUAAUAAAAAAUGAUUUUAAGUGUUUUAGACCCAUUUCGUCUCCCAUUACUCACUUUUUAUUGUAAUGUGUAACUCUUAACUUUUCCGUAUUAUUCACUGGUAUUAUCUGAAAUUAUUUAUACUUUACCCAGAAUCUAAAAAUAGAUUUAAUUUUCAUUUGGAUUCUGGUGUUAAAAUGAGUAAAAUUUCAAUGAACACCUCACUUUCAACUAGUUCAGCAUUACCCUAUGAUUUUGAUAAUCAACCGCCAAAGAAAAAUUCAUUUAGCACAGUUCUCGAUACAGAUGAUCAUAUUUUUGAAGAGGAACUAGAUAAUUACCUGGGUAAAUAUGAUAAUUCCUCGAGUUAUAUCGACUCCUAUGACCCCAAUUGGUUCCGGAUUGAGAGUAAUUUAAAGGCUGCUAACAUAGCAGACUUGCUAACGUUUUCCAAGAAGAUCGGAAAGGGUGUUUACGGUGAUGUUUUUCUGUGUUACCUCAGAAAUGAGCCAUCAAAAAGGUUUGCAGUUAAAAGAGUAAAACAGGCUACAUUCCCAGUAAUUAACAUAUUUGGUCUUGAACAGAAUACUAUAAAGGAGCUUCACGCUUUAAGGUCACUUAAAAGACCUCAUACAAACAUCGUAAGACUGUAUGACUACUGCUCUGCAAUUGAAAAUUCACCUGUCGUUAACCCUCAACCGGGCCAAUCAGGGUCAGAAACUUCACUUGUUUUUUACUUAAUUUUUGAACUGUGUGAUAUGGACUUGAGUAAUUUCAUUAAGGAAAAUAAUGAUAGGUAUAAAGAUCACCAGAUUGACCUAAUAACAUGUGUGGUUAACCAGUCUAAGACUAACGACUUUAGAGUUCAGGACAUUAUCAACUACUCUCAAAAUGUAUAUUUGAACGAGAAAAUGAAGAACAACACUCAGAAAAAGGGGAAAAUACCAUUGCCAGGCCUUGAGGAAGAUAUCGCUAAGGUCAUAAUGUACCAAAUUUUACAGGGUCUGGCUUAUUUACACUCGAAUCGUAUAAUUCACAGGGAUAUUAAGCCUCAAAAUAUCCUUCUUAAAAAGUCAAUUGAUGACUUUGACUCUUUCACAACUAAUAAAUCUCCGCAAAAAUGGCAAGUUAAAAUCGCAGACCUCGGACUCUCAACUAUUGUUCCCGCUAGAUACUUAUCCUCAAUGACUGAAGAGGUCAUUACUCUUCUUUACAGACCACCUGAACUUCUUCUUGGAGAUUGUAAAUACACUACUUCUGUUGAUAUCUGGUCAGCUGCUGUUACCGUAGGAGAAUGUUUACUGGGUAAACCGAUGUUUAGGGGAAGAACGGAGUUUAGUGUUUUAAUGAGGAUUAUAAGCACUGUAGGAUGUUCUCCGAUAUCAGAGGUGGAGAAUUUAUCAAAACAGUUUAAGUACUUAACGGAGAGUAUUCCACAUAUUGAACGGGAUCCUUACGAUAGUUUGAGGAAGAUAUUCACAGACCACUUUGGAAGGCAACUUAUAAGCGAGACUGGGCUUGAUCUGUUUGUCAAAAUGCUCAAGUUUCUACCAAGUGAUAGGAUUACAGCCAAGGAAGCCUUGAAACACCCUUGGUUCUCAGACGUCAGAAGGCUUCUAAAACCUUCAGUUGUCAAGAAAUAUCAAAGCACUGAGAAUAUCUUUCCUCGAGGCUACAAUGAUAUGAUGCCUUUGACUUUCAUGGGAAAUGUCGAAGAGUUUAAGAAGAAGAUUAAGAAAAAACAGCUAUUAGAUACUGUUUCUGUUGACAGUUAUAUCACUCAAUUCACCUUCCCUUAAUUUAUUUCAACAAA